AUGAAGCCCAUUGUCAUGCUCGAUUGCCAAGAGGAUGAUGAGGAUCAUCAAAGCCUCUCUUUGGAAGCCUUACUUGAUGAUAUUGAAAACGUAAAACCCUCCUCUAUAAAACUUAACAGAAAAGACGUGUUUUCAAAGCCAAAGAAUUUAAUGGCCAAAGACAUUAUACCUAUCGAUUUAAUUCCACCACUGAGGCCGUUAGAUACCGAGACGAAGAAAACUACAGAGUCGAACAACAGACAGUAUCAAGCUCGGCAACAACCUUCUCAAAACGAAUCGCGGAAAGGCUUAGCUCCCUCUAGAAUCAACAACCCCAAAGAUGAUUUCAAUUCAAGUCUUGCAAAGACUCAAGACAAAACAGAAAAGAACGUUGUGGCCCCUUCCUCAAACUCAAGAUCAUACAACACCAAUAAGACCAUGAUAGCAAGCGGUAAACAGAAUGAAAUCAGUCAGGAUCAAAACCUAUUGCCAGUCUCUAUGGUCCAUCACUCCUUCAAAAACCUGUUUGGAUUCAGGUAUUUCAACAAGCUUCAAUCGCAGUGCUUCCAUAAGAUUUAUGAAACAGACGAUAAUGUUGUUAUUUCGGCACCUACGGGAUCUGGAAAGAGUGGGUGUAUGGAAAUUGGAAUUAUAAGGUUGUUUGAAAAGUAUUUCAAAAAUGGAAAGAUGAGCGAACCAGGAAGGCAUAAGUGUGUCUACAUCGCUCCAGUGAAGGCUCUUGUUCAAGAGAAGCUUGCAGAAUGGAAAAAAAAGUUUGAAACUCUAGGAAUCCAAGUUGGAGAGCUAACUGGAGAUUCAAUACAAACAGAUGUCUCCUCGUUGGACAAAUUUGACAUCAUUGUAACCACUCCUGAGAAAUACGAUUCAUUAAGUAGAAGAUGGAAAGAUGUCAAUUGUUUAGCAUUUGUGAAGACGACUGAGCUCAUAUUGAUUGACGAAGUGCAUUUAUUGAACGAGGAACGAGGAGCUGUACUAGAAGCAAUUGUCAGUAGAAUUAAAAGCAUAUCGGUAAUUCAGAAGCAUUCAGCAAGAGUUAUUGCUCUUUCCGCCACAGUACCAAACAUUAUGGAUGUUGCUGAAUGGCUGGAUGUAGAUCCAUCAGGAACGCUUGUUUUUGGUGAAGAAUAUAGACCUUCUAAACUUGACCUCAAAGUGAUUGGUAUUCCAAACGAAAAAAAGAAUUACUUUGCUUUUGAAAAGCAACUUGAUAAAAAGUUGUUGCAGAUCAUAGAAGAACAGAGCAAUGAAAAGUCGGUUCUCGUGUUUUGCUCUAGUCGUAAUGCUACAAUGAAGAGUGCUUUACAAAUCGUGGAGGAUUCCAAAACCUUAAAACCAAACUACUUUAUCAAGACCAACGAGCAGAAGGAAAGAUUGAAAGAGGCCUUACCCAUUAUUGAGGAUCAACAGCUUAAGGACUUGGUGAUAAAUGGAGUUGGUGUCCACUCAGCACAGCUCUCGAAAAGCGAUAGAAAUAUUGUGGAAACUCUAUUUGCUAACAAGGACCUGUCUGUUAUUUGUACAACAUCCACACUCAGCCAGGGACUUAAUACACCAGCAUACUUGGUAAUUGUAAAGGGAACUAAAAUAUACCACAAGGGGUCUGGAUACAUGGAAUAUCCUUCUAUGAACGUUCUGCAAAUGAUUGGUCGAGCUGGAAGAGCAGGAUUUGAAGACUCAGGUCUGGCUAUUAUUCUUACAGAUAGCACUAUGGUUGACUAUUACACAAACUUGAGAAAUAGUCCUUACGUCAUUGAAUCAACUUUACAUAGAUACUUAUUCGAGCAUUUAAAUGCAGAGAUAUGUCUUAACAGCGUCAGAAACAUAACUGAAGCUAUUUUUUGGGUAAAGUCAACAUUUUUAUAUGUUCGUAUUCAAAAAAAUCCAGAAUAUUACGGGUUGGAGAAGAGCAACAAUCUUGAUGAAAAAAUCGAAGAGAUUUUAAAAAAAAGGAUAGAAGAAUUAUGUGAAAAAGAGCUAUUGAUUGUCAACGAAGGCUCUGUUUCAUCUACACCUUUUGGACAGGUCAUGUCUCGUCUUUAUAUUCAAUAUAAAACCAUGUGUGUGCUUUUAAGCUCCGUGACAAAUUAUAUGAAAGAAAAAAGGUUGUUGCAACUUGCGUGCUCGUCUUUUGAGUUUGAAGAGUUUUCUAUACGCCAGGGAGAGAAAGGAAUACUCAUCAAUCUUAACAAGCAUGAUAAUAUAAGAUACAAAAUCAAAGAUAAGAUUGAACUUGCAAGAGAGAAAGUUUUUAUUCUCAUUCAGGCGAUUCUUGGAGGUGUCACAAUUGAGUCAAUAAGUAUGCGACAACAGGCUCAAGCCUUACUUUCUCCUCUUAGUAGGCUUUUGUCAUGUAUAUUUGAAAUAAGCAAAAAUAGAAGAUACGGUAUCACAUGCAGAAACGCAUUUAUGCUGUCCAGGAAAAUUCAAGUGGGUAGUUGGAGUACCGAAAGCAGAGAUAAACCUUCGAUCAGCGCGUAUCAAAACAAGAGCGGAAUUACUAUUCAACCCAAUAUAGGAUCUGUGCAUUCUUUAGUUUCCAACAAAUACUGCUACGUCUCUGUUGAAAGGAAGGGUAUUUUGCUUGCUCAACGCAAAAUUUGUGAAAACAAAUCACUCUCUUUCAAGAUUGACUUUUCAGAAUUUAGUGAAUCAGAUGUUGAGUGCUUUUUGUGUAAUACGUAUGGAGAGGAAAUACGAGCAACUGUAAAAAUUAACAAAAUCAAUGGUGACAUCAAGAAAAGAUCUAUCGAGAAUGUACAGGACAACAUGGCCAUUAAGGAAACCCCAAACAAAAAGACAAAAUCAGUUGCCUCUAGCUCAAUAGAACAGAAAGAGCAUGAAGCUUAUAAAAUGGCCAACAAUGCUUUUCCACCGCUAGAAAAACCAAAAGUAGUGAAAGCUCAGCAAAAACCAUCCAUGUCAUCAACGUUCAGGAAACUGAGCAUUCCCCAUCAAGAAAGAUCAAAUCUACCUGCCAAUAUUGAAAGAUUGAAAGUUAAAUUCAUAGUUUCGACACCCAAUAUGGAUAACAACUUCCUAGAAAACGUCCUUAAAUUCCAAAGAGAAACAGGAAAUUGCACGACUUUUGCCAAUCUAUUUCAUUGA